ACGUCUAUUGUUGUAUUAAUAAAGUUCUCACAACGUUAUCUCUUUUCCAGGUGGUGUUGUGGACAUUCUGGAACUGCUAUGGAAAGUGAACAUGCUCUGAAAAUACUGGAAUUUUUUGUAUCAUAUAGCGUUAGUGUAUUGGAAAAACACGAACAUUAAGGGAAGGAAUUAUAGCCUAAGAGAUUUCUACUUUGCCAUUUGCUCAAGGAAUUACGUAGGUGUGUUGUAACUUGGCGCUUAGUAGGUUACGUCAGGGUAACGGAUAGUGAAGUGUAGAGGUGACUGUGAAGAUGGGCGCUUGGCGAGGAUGGUUCUUGGGACUGACGGUGAUGAUGGUGACAGCAGGAGCCAUGAAUGCAGCUGCUGCUGCAACAGGGGCAGCAGCAGCAGCAUCUGCAGCCACCAUCCAUGAACUGUCUAAGGAGCCAGCAAUAGACCUGAAGCCGCAUCGCCGUCUGGCUAUCUACAGACACUCGAGAGUACGACAAGCCUCCAGUAACCCAAACAUCUUGGAGGUAAACAAAGAGCAGGAUACUGUGGUGGACCUUGUGAAGCACUACACAAACUCCACCACACACAUAACAAACAGCACACACACACCGGACGGCAGACGAAUAGCAAACACACAUAGAAACACUGUAAAACAAGGGUCAACACAAAAAGAGCAUUGCUGUGAGGCUAACACAAGUAGCAGCAAGGUGAGUAAGAGAUCCCUCACUGAUCAGUGUGAGGCUGGACCACCUCCCACCACGGCGCCAGAAAGUGGAACUGGCGACGAUCGGGUGAUCGAUGUGGCGGUACUGGUGCCAUGUAACGCCUCACAUCAGUACUCUCGCGUCAAGGUGCUGCCGGUGGUAGAACUGGCCGUGAGGCACCUGCGAGAGACAGGUCUACGAGGACCGCUGGAGAACUACACCAUCAUUGUGAGGUACAGAGACUCCAGGACCUCCUCCACCUACGGUCCACUGGCUGCAGUCGAUCUCUACUUCAAUAAAUACGCAGAUGUGUUUCUGGGGCCCGUUGAUGACUACGUCUUGGCCCCUGUGGCUCGCUUCUCGGGGGCCUGGAAUGUGCCGCUGCUGACCCCAGGGGGCCAGCCCAGUGCUUUCGACAGUCGUAAGGACUAUCCUCUGCUCACCAGACUCAAGGGAUUCUACACAGAGGUGGGCAAGUUGUUCUCGUCCGUGGUGAAGCACUGGGGCUGGAACGUUCUUGGUCUUAUAUACGAGGAUCGGGAUGACGAGAAGGGGAACUCAGUCUGCCACUUCACUUUAGCUUCCAUCUACAACAGCUUCCACACGAAGCCCCACACGGAGAAGUUCAACAAGAACACCAACAGGAACUUCACCCAGCUGCUGAUGAACUUCCACGACAAAGCGAGGAGUGAGUGUUGAAGUGAGAGGGGAGUUACUUCCCGGUGACUUGAGAGGGAAUUGGGAGUGGCAUGCAGCCCUCUCGAGUGAGUAAUAAAGAACACGCGGUGCAGAGGACAGUUUUAUUUCUCCAUCAAGCUUUAUUAAGCUUCUUCCCGAGG